ACCUGAAUUAAACGAGUUAAUUUCGCGCGUUCGACGUGAGUGGCUGGAAAGCUUCCAUUUCGAGCAUUUUUCCCCACGCGGUUGACUUCCUCCGUGUGGGUUGACUGUUGCCCUCCACUGGGUUGAUUCCUGCGCCCAGUUUCUUCCCCCCCGCGGAGAAAUUCCCUCCCAAGAAGCGCCAUUGGAGCGGAACUUUUUCCCAACGGGAGAGGCAACAAAGAGGAAAGCCACGCUUGAGCGUAAGGCUUGAAAAGGAACCGUAUCCCCGCGCGGGUGUGAAUUGCUUGCCAACCGGUUUGUCGUGACCAUCAGGGGAGGGGCACAGCUGGCCAGUAAGGGCGCCCAUCAAAAUUUGUUUGCCGCUCAUUAAAAUUUGUUGGCUGCUCAUCGAGAUUGCUUCGCCACUCGUCAAUAUUUCCUCGCUGCCCCCCCGCGGCGCAGUCAAAAUGGCGGACGGCAACCCCGCUGAUGGCUGCUCCCCCGCGGUGAAGGGCGAGGAGGGGGAGGUGGGGAAGAGCCUACCCAGUGCGAAGCAGCCGAACAAGGGAAGCAAGGCCUCAUUUGACAUAUUUUCGUACCUACAUAGGGUGUAUGCAAAGUACGGGCUGUAUGAAGAGGACCUGGAGAGGUUCCUCCUGUACGUGAAAAGAAGGAGAGCCAAGUUAAAGGGGAAGGUUUUAUGCAAAAUGAAAAAAGUGGGAAAUAAAUACAUAACGAGGCUGUACGAAACGGAUAAUGUGGAUGAGAAGUACCUAGAGUUGUUGCUACUAGAUGUGGAGGCAUGCCGAUGUAGGUAUAUCAAAAUAAAAACGGAUGUAAAUAAUUUGAAAAUACCAUACAGAUCUACGUAUUGUUACUUGAGGAGAGUGAAGAGAGCCAUGGGUAAAGUGAAAUUUAUGAGUCACUCCGUUGAAGCCGCUGUGGAUAAGAACACAGACCUGCAGAUGAAGUGCUACAAUGCGUACGUCCAAACAGCGUACCUCUUGGAAGGGAAGAAAUUUGAGGAGGGCUUAUCAAAAGUGGGGGAGUUUACCAAGCUGGUGAAGCUGGUCAAAAGGGCCAUGCUGAAUGAAAUCGUGGAGGGGACGCGCUACACCGGGGAAGGCAAAAAAGACGGAGAGGAAGAAAAAGGUGGCUCACCUGUUGCUUCGCCAUCGGAAGAACGCAGACAAAGCCGUGCCAGCCAACAUACCCAAAAUGAACUUACAGAAAACACCCUCAUGAAUAGCAAAGGGAAUCUACUCAUCGAAGCGGAACGCCGCAUUGACGAAACGUUCGACUACUUCCUCUCCGUUAUUCACUCAUACGAACGUAUCUGCCUGUACAAUUUGAAAAAAAACAAAUUAAGCAGCUUCGAUGAGAAGCUACACGACGAAGAGGUACCCCUAAGGGAGAGGAAAAAAAAAACAUCCAUCACGGAAAUGACGGACGAGAGCAAGGACAUAUCAACUUAUAAAAAACUUGAAAUUUAUAUGAUCGAAAAUACUGUGCAGAUUAAAAUUGAAUACAGUACGUAUGAACUGAAGGGGAACGGAGACUCCCUCCAGGGGGACUACUCCAGUUUGCUAAAAAUAAAAAAUGCCCUAGAUAACGUGAAAAAUGUAAUUCCCAUGGAGGAAAUUGCAAAGCUGAAUGAAAAUUUCAAUUUGAGAGAAGUCACAUCGUGUGUGAAUAAAGAGGAGUUUCCACUUUUUAAAUUUUUAAAUUCUUAUGAAGCCAAUUUUAUUGUGCAUAAUUAUGGUCAGGCAUUUGCAAAAUACUACGAAUGUCUGACCAUCAUUCAUGAGCAGUUAAUCAAAUCAACUGGGGGGAAUAAAAAGGCAUCUGCGAGUGGUACUCAUCUGAGUAGGGGAAACCUUCUACAUGAAGACCACCAAAUGAUGGAGAAAAUUUGGAACCACAUAGAACAGUACCUCUCUUGUGAAAAGUUAUACGCAGACACAGAACGUACCCUCCUUGUGCUGAUGAAGUUUUUAUUUUCCAUAUACUCAGCUAGCCAUUUGAAAAACUUCCCACUUGGAAAUAAAAAAAAUUUUGGAGACAUCAUCGAAGAAAUGCCCCUGCUGCACACAGGAAUUCGAUACGCAGAUAUUUUGAAGCAGAACGUAGACGAAUUGAACAAGUUAAAACAUAAUGACGAAAUUUUUAUUAACAUUUUACAGAUUAUUAAAAAUGUCAAAUCUUUUUGCCUCGCUUGUCACUAUGCAGUGGCUGGGAAAAAUGCGGAAGCUCACGUACUCUUCGAUUUAGUGAAAACGAGAAAUUAUGUGUACACGAAAAUGCAACAAAUGCAGAUGAUUCAUAAUGAAGCGUUGCUGCGAAUUGCCAUCCUCUUCAACCGACUGCAGGACGUCAUUUCGCUGGUCAAUGAGAAAUAUUACUUCCGCCAUUUGUCCAUCUACGCUUUGCAGGUGAAAACCAAGUGCGUGCCGUCCAAUCAGAAAUUAUUUUCUGUAGACAAUUCCUUUUUUGAGCAGAAAAUGACCCAAAUGUGCAUGGACCCGCUGCGCAUCGACAUGAUGCAGUUGUGCCGCGACUCCGUUUUGCUCAACCCGGACGCUCACAAGGAGGAGGAGAAGUCCUCCGGGAUUAGGGGCCUGCUCCGCUCCUUCUGGAAGUAGUAGCGAGGGGUUCUCCGUGGGAAGGACCCAUCUCACGUGCGAACAGGAUUACUGUUUUUACGCCCUCUAUGGGCAUGCGUUUCACCCCU